UUCCUUUCUUUCGUCUCGAAUACCGAAUUCUAUCCUCUAUAAUUCUUUCCCACCCCCCUUCUGCUCUCUUUCAGCGGUCGUUCCGUCCUUUCACUCCAGCUGAACCACAAUCACCAACUACACGCGCCCUUCCUUUGCUCACCUUAAGAUACUCGUCGGCCACCCCCUCUACAGCGUUUUCUUAAAUGGCUUUUGAUCGAGUUCUUCCCAAGCCCCCUGCUUUACGAUAUGAUCCUUCUUUGGCCACGCUACCUCCAUCAACCGGUAGUCUCCUUGACCAUAAGAUCAUGAACGACGGCUACUCGAAAAUGCCUGUGAUGGACCAUCACCAUCGCGAUGUCGCUUCGUUCGUAGCACCUCGCCGGUGGGCCGACAGCUUCACCCAUACGCAUAUGGCCCACAAUCGGCACAAGAUAGCCAUGAACAAAACUGUACCUUCCCUGGAGGCCUCGAAACCACCGACUUUUUUGGGCACCAACCCUGUCAAAGCCUCGGCUCCGACCACGAGAGAAUCAGCGGCCAACUUUUGCCUAUGUCAGCCAGAUCCGAAGAUCCCCAGACCCAGGAACGCAUUUAUCUUGUAUCGUCAACAUUGGCAAGCAUCAGUCGUGGCUCAACAUCCGGGGCUAGCCAACCCUGAAAUCUCGAAGAUCAUCGGGGAGCAGUGGAGAAAACUGCCCCAGGACACCAAAGACACAUGGAAAGCUCUAGCAGAGGAGGAGAAAGCCCGCCAUCAGCAGCAGUAUCCGGAGUACAGAUAUCAGCCUCGUCGCUACGGCCGCGAUGGGAACUCCCGUAAUGCCAGCUCUGGCAUCAGCCAUAACCCGCCCGGCUCCACGGUCUGCAGCCGGUGCGGUGGCCGAGUUAUGAACCCGCCCGUAUCACCGGACGCGCCGCCUUUUACCCCCAGCACCUCGGGGUUCAAUAGCGUCUCCCCACAGGUCGAGACUGUCGCCGUGCGCAGCAGCCAGGCUCGGUCUAAAGACAUGGAUCGAGCCCCAAGUAUGGUCCGGAUCGCUCCCACCGGGGAGUCACAGUCACCUCGUCAGCGUCAUUUUGAGGAGAGUGGCAGCCGGUCUCCGGAUAGCAAGCGCCGCCGAUUUAAUCCCCAGGUUUCUUUCGAAAACAACAUUCAACGUGACCGGAGCCCUGAUUCUGCAUAUCCCGUCUCUCCUUACACACCUCACUCGACUGUCUCUGAUACAAGAGGGUUUCUUCAGUUGGCGCCACCUCAGAGACCCGUUCGAAAUGUUAAGGAUUUUACCCCCCCAGACCCUAGCCUCAAACUCCCUCCCCUGCAGACCACUACUAUUUCUUCUCAGCCGGGAGCUAUGACCCCGAUGACCCCUUUUGCACGGGACGGAUCUACCCUCGAAGCCACGGUCAUGACGAUCCCCUUCCUCAAUAAGAUCAAGGUCCUUGCUAAGAUAUCGCCUCCUCUCGCCCCCCCAUACCACGGCAACGCGGCACCCCGGCGGGGAGCCGUGAUUGCGGUGGAUGGGCAGGAUCCAGCUUUGGUCAAGACAAUGGUUGACCAUCUCAACAACACCCUGCAGAAGGAAGGUAGAUAUCAGACCCACACUUUCACCGGACCGGAUAUCAAUCCCCGAAAGAGCUACUCCGACUCGGAUCAGAUGGGAGACGCGACAGUCGACUACCUCAACAUCAUCUCCGAAUGGCACCGCAUCUCCGACAAGAUCAUAAACUUUGUCAAGCCGGUGCGGGCCUCGUCCGAGCCCAAGUCCGAAAAUGAAGAGCCCACGGGCGUGUCACCUCGAACGAUAGUCCCAAAGACUGCCGAAAUGCAGAUCAAUUCACCUGAACCGUCGGCGGAAGGCCAGUCGCCGUCGGUGGCUCCGACAGAAAUCAACACCAACCGGGUACCAGUUGCCCUUGUUCCUCGGUAUCAACUGACCACUGCGGACGCAUUUGCAUGCUCCGUGCAGAUAGGCGACUCGUAUGCACCACUGGAUCAUUGGCAGUGGAUGGCCUCUCUCUGGCGUGCCUGCGUAGGGCCCGACAUCACAGUCUACAUCCGAGAGUGCGAAAAGGAGGAACUGGACCGAUACGGAGGCAAUCCCGUAGAGGUCCGCCUGCAGGACGCGCGAACGAUCGUUGUGCGACGGGCGGCGUCGUCGUCCAAGGAGAUGGAGGAGAAAAUUUUGAAAAGAGUAAGCUUUGAGAUCGAGGAUUUCCUGACGCAAUGAUCGAUUCUGUAUCUUUUUCUAGCCAUUACUGAGUUUCUGAUAACUUACCCGCCCUGGAUGUAGUAUUUCCAGGCUCUCACUUUCAGCGCUCGAUGCCCAUCUUAUAUAGGUUUGUUGUUCAC